AUGANUAGCCUCGACCUCCCUCCUCGACCUCUACCUCCUACAAAGCUCCUCCUGCAUCAACGCAGGCAACAACACCNNACCCUCCCCUCCUCCACCGUCAUGGAGGGUCAAUCGCCCAGCAAGGGCGACAGAAGAUCGAGUGGCUCGACCACUCUCAGCACUCUCGAGGGCCUCGUAGAGGCAUAUGCUGCGUCGGAGCGGUCCGACGUCUCCUCUGCGUUCAUACACGCGGGAGAUCUCGACCGCCAGUCAUAUGUCGACGCCCGCCAUGAGCUCGCGGCCGGACCUCCUUCUCUCCCUGCUCCUGGCCCGGCCCNNCCUCUCUCCUCCUUCCCCCUCCGCCCCCUGCCCGUCNUCCCGCCUCCGCCGCAUCUUGGCGAGGACGAGAGUGACGAGGCGGUCCCGACGCCUCCCACUCGAAUCCUUGACCGGGCUCCUCCUCCGUCGGUCUCGCGGUUCUUGUCGGGUUUGAGCUCGGGUGUUUUCAACGACGAAGAGUCAGACCAUGACUCUGUCUCUGCAAUGGGACAGCAAGAAGAUGAAACCACUGUGUUUGGAGAAGUAAAGGCUUCUCAGCCUUAUGAAACGUCGUUCGGCAGGUACAAUCUGUUUCCCGACGUCGAGCUGGCACCAAGAAUCGUCAGAUCGUACAGCACGAUGCCUCAGCCGCCACCCAGCAUUCAUCCUCAACCUAGCACUCCGUCACUAGCCAGCACCAUUCCCCUCGACAUCUCUGGCUACGACAACGACCAAGACCUGAUGCUGCAGAGACAAGACAAAUCAACGCCUCGCCUGCUUGAGAACGCCCGCACUCACAGCCUGAUCAACGAUGCCGUGUGGCUGCAACGAGACAAAGAAGGAAAGCGCAGAUCGUGGGCCCUCUUCGUCGUCUGUGCAAUCUUCCCUUUCAUCCUGUUCUUGUUCGCUUUCGGGAUGUUCGACAAAGUCAUGGUGCAGAUGGCCGGUACUCAUGCUCGUCCCACCUUACGCCAGAAGUCUCUCGCCAAAUACCUCUGCGUCGUCGAGGUUGUCGCUUGGCCCAGCCUGGUGGCUUAG